AUUAGGUGAGUUAGGGCGGCAGCCUGUCGCUCUCUGUAAAAUAACCGAAUAUAAUCGUGUUUUACUUUUGGGGAAAAGGUUAUAAUCCGCGUUAUUAAAGUCUCCUCUUUGUGUUUCGUUGCAGAUUGCAGCCAUGGGCCGACGACCCGCUCGUUGUUACAGAUACUGUAAAAACAAGCCCUACCCGAAGUCUCGGUUCUGUAGGGGUGUACCUGACCCCAAGAUCCGGAUCUUCGACCUGGGCAGGAAGAAGGCCAAGGUGGAUGAGUUCCCCUUGUGCGGCCACAUGGUCUCUGACGAGUGCGAGCAGCUCUCCUCUGAAGCCCUGGAAGCAGCUCGUAUCUGUGCCAAUAAAUACAUGGUGAAGACUUGUGGCAAAGAUGGAUUCCACAUCAGAGUCAGGCUGCAUCCAUUCCACGUCAUUCGCAUCAACAAAAUGUUGUCCUGUGCUGGAGCCGAUAGGCUCCAGACGGGAAUGCGAGGUGCGUUCGGGAAGCCCCUGGGCACCGUGGCCAGAGUCCGCAUCGGUCAGGUGAUCAUGUCCGUCCGCACCAAGGCUCAGAACAAGGAGCACAUCAUCGAGGCUCUCCGACGUGCCAAGUUCAAAUUUCCCGGGCGGCAGAAGAUCCACAUCUCCAAGAAGUACGGCUUCACCAAGUUCAACAUGGAUGAGUUCGAUGAGAUGAUGAGAGAGAAGCGGCUGAUCUCCGAUGGCUGUGGGGUGAAAUACAUCCCUAACCACGGACCCCUGUCCAGAUGGCGUGCUCUCCACGCUGCGUAAACACAGCAGGCAGCCGUACACGCGACACGGUGCGAUUCAGCAAACAGACCAAUAAAAACCGUACACAACACCA